AUGCUGUCUUUCCGCACCCUCGCGCGCUCCGCGCCUCGCACCCUCACCCGCCUGGCCACGGCCUCGAUGCGCCCGGCCAUGCUUGCCCGUCCUGCUGCCACCAGCAUGGCCCAGAGCGGCAGCUUCCACAUGCUGCGCGCUGCUACCAGCAACAGCUUUUCCACAACGGCCGGCCGCCGCGCUGCUGCCGCCGCCGAUGGCGAGACGGACGACGAGCUGUCGGCCAAGAUUGAGAGCGAGAUCCAGAUUGAAGAGGAGAUGAAGGCGGGCGAGCAGGAGCCGUCGAGCGUCAAGGACUUUAUCGACAACAGCGCGUUUGAGCUGAUUGACACGCCUGGUCAGGAAGUCGUCAAGCUGGUGCGCACCUUUGGCGAGGAAAAAAUCACCAUUUCCUUCUCCAUUGCCGACAUCAACAACUUUGACCCCUACGCCGACGAGGCCGCCCUCGAGGACGAGGGCCUCACCGACGACCUCCAGGCCGCUGAGAGCGGCAAGCAGCGCGCCGCCAACCAGGACGUCGAGUCGUCCGACCUGGAAACCGACCUCGACGAGGAAGAGACCCCCGCGCCCAUCACCCUGUCCAUCAUCGUCGAGAAGCCCGGCAAGACCCCCGGCGCGCUCGCCAUUGAUGCCGCCGCCCAGGACGGCACCAUUGUCGUCGAGAACCUCUUCUACUACGCCGACGCCAAGCUCGCCAAGCUCGAGACCCCCGAGGCCGCCCAGCAGCGCGCCGACGUCUACCCGGGACCCCCCUUUGGCAGCCUCGACGAGGACCUGCAGGUGCUCGUCGAGCGCUUCCUCGAGGAGCGCGGCGUCACGCAGGCCCUGGCCGUAUUCGUGCCAGACUAUGUCGACCUCAAGGAGCAGAAUGAGUAUCUGCGCUGGUUGAACAAUGUCAAGGGCUUCAUUGACGCGUAA